UUUUUAUUAUUCAAAUGUGCUGAAUGAUUGAUAUUCAUGGUUUAUUAAUAGUAUAUUUUAUUAGAUUUCACCCAUCGUUAUUUUCUCAUCUACUUUCAGGCACCAAAACAAAGGAUGGAGUCACAACAGUCGCAGGUAAAACGGUGGAGGGGGUGAGCCAGGUUGGCGGAGCAGUGGUUACCGGGGUGACCAACAUAGCCCAGAAAACAGUGGAAGGGGCCGGCAACAUCAUCGCCACCACCGGAUUGAGCAAGAAGGAUCCUGCCAAACCGAGCAACGACAAUGCCACUGCGCCAGAUGCGGCCGAGUCUCCGGUGGAUACCGACACCACUGAUGCGACGGAGGACGACACAGACUAAACAUGUUGUAAGACGGCCGAUCGGAACAUUCCAUGUUUCUCUACCGUCGUGCCUCGUCGUCGUGCCUCGUCGUGGUCUUCUCUGAUGUCCGUGAGCGUGUGUGUGUAUGUGUGUGUAAAAUUGUUGUACUGAAAGACGGUGGGUUGUGUGUGUAUUGUGUACGUCUUUUGCACAUGGGCAAAUUGACCUCAGGUGUCUUGGUUAUGACAGUGAUAAUUGUAAUUUACUAUCGCUGUGUGUGUCAGUCAGUCAUUAGCACAUUUAACUAGACCACAAUUAACCACCUAAGUGUCUCGAUAGGAACAAUGACCAUGACAAUAUUAUCUAUUUUUUUGCGUCCGUUUGUGGAACAAUAUUGUAUUUUCAGCAUCAAAUUGAAAAGCAAAAGUAUGUACCUGUGUGUGUGUGAUGUCAUAGAGGUUUAGUGUUGAAUAAAAAUAUGUGUUGAAAAGUA